AUGCCGCCGUCAAAGACGAGAACGGUCAAGAACAAGCACGCCGCGAACAAGUCCGGCAUCCAAGGCAGCAAGUCGUCCAAGUCUGGCCCCCAAGAUGGCAUCGUCAAACAGAAGGCUCGCAAGCAGGGUCCGCCUCCCUCGAAGCAGGCGAAAGGCCGAGGCGCCGCUGGUGCGUUGAAGAGGAAGAAGAAGAUCUAUACCGAGAAAGAGCUGGGCAUUCCGGAACUGAACAUGGUCACGCCGGUCGGAGUCACAAAGCCGAAGGGAAAGAAGAAGGGGAAGGUCUUUGUGGACGACAAGGAGAGCAUGACCACAAUCCUCGCCAUGGUCCAGGCCGACAAGGAAGGCGAAAUCGAGUCCAAGAUGAUCAAGGCCCGGCAGAUGGAGGAGAUCCGCGAGGCAAGAAGAGCCGAGGAGGAGAGGAAUAACUCGGAGAGGAAGAGCAAGCUCGACGAGACCAAGGACUCGCUGCGGAAAAAGCGAAAGCGAAGCAGCAGCCGGCCGUCGGACGGAGGUGAUGAUGGCGAGGGCGCUGGCAUCAAGGACGCUGUUUCGUCUGGCACCAGUACUGCGAGACCGAAGAAGAAGCGCGUGUCGUUUGCGUGA